UCAUUCAUUGUUUUGGUACACCUGUGGAACUAAACUAGUGUGUUUAAUGUUGUUGUUUUAAUCGCGAGUAUAAGUGUGAAUUUAAAUUAAUACGAUGCUGAUCUGGAUAUGUCUGGGUUUCCUCGUGGCAGUACUUCUGUACUUUCGACAUGUUUAUGGUUUCUUUAAAAGCCGAGGCAUAAAGACACCUCGAAUCGUCCCGCCGUUUGGCACUCUGACGAGUGUGUUUUUACAACAAGGUCAUAUUUUUGAAAACGUUACUAAGGCUUAUAACCAAUUUCCUGAUCAAAGGUUUUAUGGCGUGUUCCAAUGCCUGACGCCAAUUGUAUACGUAAGGGACAUCGAGCUGCUCAAGAAGAUUCUGAUCAAGGACUUCGAACACUUCCUCGAUCACAACAAUGUCAUCAAAGCCGAGCACGACCCGUUGUUUGCACGAAAUCUUGUGACUUUAAGAGGUAAGGAAUGGAAGGACAUGCGAUCGACCCUCAGUCCUGUUUUUACUAGCUCCAAAAUGAAGAUGAUGCUGCCAGAGAUGGUGGAAGUUGGAGAGCAGAUGAUCCUUUCAUUUAAGAAAAAAAUCAAGGAAGCUGAACAGGGAUAUUUGGAUGUCGAUAUGAGUGACUUAACGUCCAGGUACACGAAUGAUGUAAUAGCAUCUUGCGCCUUUGGCCUGAAAAUAGAUUCUUUUACGGACAAGGACAACCAGUUUUACGUGAUGGGGAAGAACACUAUAAACGUUAAUAUCCGUCAGAUACUCAUGGCUUUCGUAUUUAAUUUUUUUCCAAAGCUGGCUGAAAUAUUUCAUUUGACUAUAUUCCCGCCGGCGACAGAGAUCUUUUUCAGGACUCUGGUGACGGAAACGAUGCAAAACAGGGACCUCAAACAGAUCGUUCGACCUGACAUGAUACAUCUGCUAAUGGAAGCUAAGAAAGGAAAAUUAACUCAUGACGAAAAAUCAAGCCAGGACAAGGAUACCGGUUUCGCGACAGUAGAGGAAUCAUCCAUUGGCCAGAAGCGAAUCAAUAGGGCGUGGUCUGACGAUGACCUUUGUGCCCAAGCCAUCUUAUUCUUCAUAGCCGGCUUCGAAACCGUAUCCUCUACCUUGUCCAUUAUGCUGUAUGAGCUGGCUAUCAACCCUGACAUACAAGAGAGAUUGUACCAAGAAAUCAAAGAAAACGAGGCCAAAAACAAUGGAAAAUUUGACUAUAAUUCUAUUCAGAAUAUGGUUUAUAUGGACAUGGUUGUUUCAGAAACUUUGAGGUUAUGGCCGCCUAGCGUUUUUCUGGACAGAUACUGUAACAAAGACUACAACAUAGGCAAACCUAAUGAACAAGCCUCAGACGACUACGUUAUCCGAAAAGGCGAAGCUAUUCAGAUCCCCGUGGCCGGGUUCCACCGUGACCCUAAGUACUAUCCGAACCCGAACAAGUUCGACCCUGAGAGGUUCUCUGAAGAGAACAAACACAAAAUCCAGCCUUUCACCUAUAUGCCGUUUGGACUUGGACCUAGGAAUUGUAUCGGAUCAAGAUUCGCCCUCUGCGAAGUGAAAGUAAUGGUAUAUCAACUCUUAAACGCCAUCGAAAUUUCGCCAUCGGACAAGACUAUUAUACCUCCAAAGCUGAAUCCGUCCUCGAUCAACAUUCGUUUGAAGGGGGGUAAUUGGCUCCGAUUUAAAGCUAGGAAUCAGGUGUAAAUGAAUGUAUAGUCGAUCCUUUUUGAAGACUGAAGAUUAUGACAUUUGUAGGGUUGCCAGAUUUCACAAAAUUUUGUAUAAUUAUGUACUUGUUGUCGAUAAUUUCAUAAACAGAUUGUGUAAGAAGAAUUUUGCCAAACACGACUGAAUUGUGAAUGUUAAGACGUUCAAAUAAUUACUAAUUGCGUUAUUUUUUCCUUCUUGAUUCUUAUUUUGACAGUUGGCCUACUAAUAUCAAGUUCAAUUUUUAUUCAUG